GCGCUCUUAUUGGUUAACCCCACAGAGCCAAGAUUGAAAGACUCGCCAUACUCGGUUGGCUUCAGUCCCACUUUUUCUAGCGCUAGUAUACCCCUGUUUUGUCGGGAAUAUGAUAGUUUGACAGGCGCAGUCAGGUGCUUCUUCCACACAGAAGAGAUGAGUCGCUUUCUGAACGUCCUGCGGAGCUGGCUGGUGAUGGUGUCCGUCAUCGCGAUGGGAAACACCGUGCAGAGUUUCAGAGAUCACAGUUUUCUGUCCGAAAAGCUCUACACAGGCAUGCCAGAGUUUGUAAAUGGUCUCCAAGCUCGAACCUUUGGUAUUUGGACGCUGCUGUCGUCGAUCAUUCGCUGUGCCUGCGCCAUUGAUAUCCAGAAUAGAACGCUCUAUCACAUCACCUUAUGGACGUUUGUCCUGGCAUUGGGCCACUUCCUAUCUGAGGCUUUUAUCUACAAAACUGCGCCGCUGACUAUCGGAGUCAUGGCCCCUCUCAUUGUGGCAAGUUUUUCCAUCAUAGGAAUGCUCAUUGGAUUCCAGUGUUUUCCAGAAACACAGGAGGAAGUUGGAGCACGACAGAAAAAGCGUAACUGAGUCCCAGCAAUCUGGAGUUUCCUGUUGUUGAACUGAAUCCACCUUCACCAGCCUCUUGUGAACUGGUCCUCGUGUGCUGCUUGUUGCCUUGAAGAACAGGAUAUGCUGAUGUAAAUUCACUUUCUACUGUGACACUAUUUACAUUUACAGAGAUCAGCCAUAACAUUAAAACCCCUCACAGGUCAAAUAAAUACUAUUAUCUUGUGAAACUACAAUAUUCUGCCGGGAAACACCGGGACCUGGAAUUCCUGGUCCACGACUGCAGUUGAUGAUGUGCUGAAACACAGGAAGAAGCUAGUAGUCCCUAAUCCAAAUGAGCCUUUGUAGGAUGUGCCCCAGCAAGGCUGAUCUUUGGGGACAACCACUGCUGUCGUGCUCCCAAACGGCACAUCCUCAGAGACCCUGCCUUCACGAGGAAUCAGAGCUGUUUUGGCGGCACAAGAGGAACACAGCAGAUUAGGCAGGUGGUUUUAAUGUUGUGACUGAUUGGUGUAUAUCUUAAAAUACAGUGGUCAAUGUGUGCUGCUUUAUAAUUUGUAAUGAUUUCAUAUUUAAAAGAGCAA